UUCUCUCUCUCCAAUACCCUCUGGUCCUCUUCUACUCCUCUUCCAUCUCCAUCAUCUGUAUCUUCAUCCAGAGCAUCUCCAAAGUCCAAACCCAAAUCCUCACAUCACAGGAACUCAACAAAAUCAAUUUCACCGAAGAACAACGAUUCCCCAUGAAUUUUAUGCAAAAAUCCAUCUGAAAUGAAUCAUUUCUAUCGCCAAUUUUACAUUCAAUUCGUUCUGUAUUUGCUUCUUUCCUUCAACACUCCUCACUCAACCCUCGUCGGAGCUAACCACACCUCCGCCAGAUUCUGCUCCCGCUAGUAAUUUCCACUUCCAAUCCCUCAUUCGAUUUUAAUUUAAUAUAAUCAAAAUCACUCACAGGAGUUUGUGAUGGAACUCGCCGCCGGUAAAUCCGGCUUCCUCCGAAACGUUGUGGUUCGCUUUUUGUUAUUUUCCCUUCUCGUCGUUGGCGUCCGAUUUGCUUAUGUCAUUACCAUCAGAGGCGAAUCAUGCAGCUUCGGUGAUGAUUUCUGUUUCUUCUCUUCAACCUCGCCGGAAAAUCAAAACCUGGUCACCGCAGCCGGAGGACACCUUGACUCUUCCUCUUCCGUGACCCUCAACCCUAUCGCCGCCGCCACGCCAGAGGUCCACAAACGUGUGAUGUUUUAUAUCACCGUGUUUCAGGAUCUGAUCGUCGAUGGGUUCCUUUCGACGAAAUCGAAAUCUCUAUGUGUCGAAACACCCGUCGGUGAAGACGUAUAUGCUCUGAAAGAGAUCGGCGUCGAUGAUUCCGUCGGAAUCUACAAAAAAGCAUCGAAACCUUUAGUAAUCAAUGGGUUAGGGCAUAAGCAUCCUUUUAAGGACAACACAUUCGAUUUUAUAUUUUCCGGUAACGGAGCUUUGGACAGAUCUGACAAGGCGGCGGAGUUCGCGGCGGAGGUUGGACGGACGCUUAAACCCGAAGGGUAUGCCGUCAUCCACACUUCUUCCAUAGAUACAUAUAGUUUCAAUUCUUUCAUUCGUUUAUUCAAUUGUUGCAAGUUCGUACAUUCUCGUCAUAUGGAUGGAUUCGAUCCUGACAUGCCCCACAUUCAUGAAAUCGUAAUGAAGAAGAUAGUCGACAUCAAAAUUAGAGAAAAAACCGACAGUAGUCUAAGCAAUCGGUGCUCAGUUCCUGGGUAUAAACAAGAUCUGUUAAAGAAAGCCGAACCUCUGAUUGAAACAGAACCACUGAAACCAUGGAUUACCCUGAAGAGAAACAUCGAAAACGUCAAAUACCUUCCAUCAAUGGCGGACAUCAAUUUCAAGCAAAGGUACGUGUAUGUAGACGUGGGAGCUCGUAGCUAUGGCUCCAGUAUCGUUAGCUGGUUCAAAAAACAGUACCCAAAACAAAACAAAACCUUCGACAUAUACGCCAUUGAAGCAGAUAAGCAUUUCCACGAUCAAUACCAAUCCAAAAAAGGCGUCAAAUUACUACCCUAUGCUGCCUGGGUGAAGAACGAGAGCUUGGUUUUUGAGAUUAAUCAAACCCCAGGUGAUGAAAACGUUGAGAAAGGAAGAGGAAUGGGUAGGAUUCAGCCUGUGAAAUCUGGUGGUGGGAUUGUGGGCUCUGUUGAUGUUAUUCAAGGGUUUGAUUUUGCAAAUUGGUUGAAGAACACAGUGACAGAGAAAGAUUUUGUGGUGAUGAAGAUGGACGUUGAAGGGACUGAAUUCGAUUUGAUCCCAAAAUUGAUUGAAACAGGUGCGAUUUGUUUGAUUGAUGAAGUGUUUCUUGAAUGCCAUUACAAUCGGUGGCAGAAAUGUUGCCCAGGUGUGAGGAGUCCAAAGUAUCAGAAGACGUAUGGGCAGUGUUUAGAUCUGUUUAAAUCUUUGAGACAACGUGGUGUUCUUGUUCAUCAAUGGUGGUGAUUGGUGUUUGAAGCCCUUUUGUAUUAUUACUUGAAAAUGUUGUAGUUGUUAUAAUAUGUUUUUGUUUGUGUACUCAGUUAAAGUAAUUUGUUUACACAUUGUACUCUUAUGAUUUCUGAUUGGAUUACACUUAAGAAAUGAAAUGGUAUACACGGCUAAGUCGUUUAAUUA